AUGGCCCUCGAGAAGACCCUGGCCGAAAUCAGGGGCCAACUCCGGAUCCGCAGCCUCCUGGCCCGACAGUGCCUGGCAGAGUUUCUGGGUGUGUUUGUGCUCAUGCUUCUCACUCUAGGGGCUGCGGCCCAGGCUGUCACCAGUGGAGAAACCAAAGGCAACUUCUUCACCAUGUUUCUGGCUGGCUCUCUGGCUGUUACAAUAGGCAUCUACGUGGCUGGUAAUGUCUCAGGGGCCCACCUGAAUCCAGCCUUCUCCCUGGCCGUGUCCCUCCUGGGACGCUUCCCCUGGGCAAAGCUCCCCAUUUACUGGUUGGUGCAGCUGCUGUCUUCUUUCUGUGCCUCGGGAGCCACCUAUGUUCUCUACUAUGAUGCCCUACAGAAUUAUACAGGUGGGAACCUGACAGUGACUGGCCCCAAGGAGACAGCUUCCAUCUUUGCCACCUAUCCUGCCCCCUAUCUAUCCCUGAACAAUGGCUUCCUGGAUCAGGUUCUGGGCACUGGGAUGCUGAUUGUGGGGCUCUUGGCCAUCCUGGACAGACGGAACAAGGGAGUCCCUGCAGGUCUGGAGCCUGUGGCGGCGGGGCUGCUGGUCCUGGUCAUCGGGCUAUCCAUGGGUGCCAACUGCGGCUUUCCAAUCAACCCUGCCCGGGACCUGGGCCCACGGCUCUUCACCUACGUGGCUGGCUGGGGCCCUGAAGUCUUCAGUGCUGGUAAUGGCUGGUGGUGGGUGCCUGUGGUGGCCCCUCUGGUGGGGUCCAUCCUUGGCACAGCUGCGUACCACCUGCUGGUGGCUCUGCAUCACCCUGACGACUCGGAGCCAGCUCAGAAUCUCGAGUGUGCCCAAAACUAA